GGUGCAAUUUAUACCACUGGAGUAACAGGAGUAAUUAUAGGAAUCACUUACACUGGAUUUAUUACUCGAGAUACAUUGUGGCAUAAUAUGACAAGCACCAUUUGUGCUGUCCUAGAUGAUGAUUGCAGUGGUCUUGCACUCGUGGAUCUAAUUCUAAUAAAUACUCGUCUGAUAAUACUUACUACAUUGGGAUUAUUUAUUAGUGCAGAUCUGCGUUAUACAACAGGACAGAUGCUGAAAUUCAGCAAACCAACCUUGUGCGGCUUUGAAAUGGAUGAUUAUUUGAGAGCAAGAAUAUGGUAUAGCCGCCAAUGUCUAGCUAACAGGGAAAACUAUGAAGUGGACUAUGUUGGUCUGUCAUUUAACAAAGACAAGACAUUAAGUCAGGAAUCCACCUGUUUCUAUAGUAAUGAUUCAUUUACGAAAUGGCAUAAUUGCUUGCCUCACAGAACAAAAGCUGAAAAAUCAAUUUCUAGACGCGUAGUUUCUUUCAUUGUUGAUUAUGAACAGAACGCAGGCAUAGCAAUUUUAUCUCAGCAGAACAGGGCAUUGGUGUCAGUACACAGUUUAAAAGGCCAUGAACUAAAUAAGCAGAGAAAAUUUCCAGCUUUCUGGUUUCCAGACCCAACCUUUAUCCCAUUCGGAAUGUUUUUCCAUCCGGACAGUCAUUUUUUAUAUGCUUAUGGAAAUCAGGUAUGGCUUUCUUAUGAUGGAGGCAAUCUUUUUAUACCAAUAAUGACACUGAAGAAUGAGACAAUUGUGGAAACAGACACAUGUGUUUACACCCAAGCAAUUGUUUUUGUCACUGACAAAGGCAGCAUUUACUACACUAAGGCAGGCAAGCGAAGGUAUGCCAGGCUUAGAGUUACACAGUCAGCUUUCUUCAGCAUGUACUUUGACCACUUGGGAACUUUAAAUCAUAUUAGUCUGAACGGUUCAUCUGUUGAUGAUUUAGUAGUAUCUGUGGUGGAUGUGAACACUUUAUUGAAGGAGGAUGAUUUAGGUUUUAAUGCUGCUUUGGCAGCACAGUAUGUCACUGAAGAGCAGAUGAUCUUUUGUAACCAUGAGUCUUUGACUCCAGCAGUACCCAGUGUAGUAUUCACUCGUCUGCAAGUAGGCAAAGCAUUUAUAUAUGGGCCAGGAGGAUCAGGUUUAAUCAAUAAGGUAUUCAGGAAGACGAUUACUCGACACUUUGCAUCAUGUGUCCUUAUAGAUGUACUGGAUCGCUUUCCUGUUGAAUUUAAAACUGAUAGCCCUGCUACAUCAAAUACAUUAACUGUUUUGGCCCCUGCCACCGGCAGUUACUCAUAUCGCCUUCAGCUUGCUGCUUCAGGUGUUGAUAUAUUUAAAGCAACGGAUGUUGAGAAAACUGUGGUAAUUCCAGGCUCAAGCAGUUUCUUAAUUGUUUCAGUUUUGGAUGACACCAAUGCUUUAGGAAAUGCCGUGAUGCCUAAUCAAGUACUUUUAGACAAACCAAUUCCAAGUGGACAGUGGUUUUUGUAUGACUUUGGCACAAGGAAUGGAAGAAAAUGGAAAAUUAUUGUUGACAUAUGUAGAUAUACAAUACAACAGUUUGAUGACUUACCUCUCCAUGCAAUUAAAUACUUGGAUAUUGGGUCACAUCUAAAUUUCUCAUUCCGAGUAACUCCAGUUAAUGUAGCCUAUCAGAUAUUCCAUAGGCAACUUAUGAGAGUACUGGUUGGAAAUCCGACUCUCCUGGAUGUGGAUGCAGAUGACUACUGGGAUGACAGUGACAGUUACAUAAUUCGUAUCAAUGUUCAUAGUAAAUUUUUUGAACAGGGUAAAACCUCCAUAGCUGUGGUGAUUUCGUAUGCAUCCCUUCUUUGCGAUGUCGCAACUGUUGUCUUAACCAUGAAGAAUUCCUGCUCCUAUCUUAAAACAAUGCACUACGUUCUGCCUUUUGAAAUCACUGAAAAGGAUUGGCUGUCUGAUGUGGCUACUCCUAAGUACAAUGCCUCAGUGGGUUCCAAACACUUAGUGCAUCUGCCGAUAAACUACAGGCCACCAUCUGUCAGAGGAAUAGCUGUUCCACUCACAGAAAACUUCUACAAUGUUGACCCCAGCAAACCCAGAAUGAGAGAUUAUUUUGCAAGAUCAAAAACUACUGGAAAAUACAAGCAAUGUGAUAACAAGACAACUCGAGCUCAAUGUAAAUGUACCUCAAAUAUGAAGGUGUCAUUUUCUGUUGCCUUUUCAGAUUGUAAGGAGAAGGCUCUGCGAAUGAAAUUUCCAGUAACAAAACUUCCUCUCUAUUUCACUCUUGAGGAUGAGGGUCAUUCUCAGAACAUGACAUCACCUUAUUUUAUCACAAUAAUAGAAGUCAACAAUAGAACAAACUGGAAAGUUUCAGGUCCAAAUGUAACAUCGAGUACAAAAAAAAUGAAAAGGCUUUUGGAGGAUACCCUUCCUACUGAGCUGCAUAAUCCAGAUGGCCUCACCAUAAGCAUAACAGGAUCUGAGCUUUUCCAUUUCAGGGUGUCCACCAUUCCUGGAGUCUCAUUUUGUAAUUUAUUUGAUGAAUUUCAGAUUUACGUUGACGAUGCACCACUGGCUUUUCCCGGACAAUAUCUUAUCGGUACAAUUACAGCUGUAUUAAUAGGAGGCGUUAUCUUUAUGGCAUUUAUCCUACAUGUGUAUGAAAUUCAGCUAGGAACUAUUAUGCAGAGCCUAAAAAGAAACAAAGUGGCGUCAAAAACCUCAUUCGCCACAGUUUCAGCAACUUCUACUGAAGUUAGUGAGAACUGAAGACAACAUCAACAACCAUGUUACCACUGUAGCCAUCAGUCAUGUUAUAUAUCAGUGUAUAGGCAAUUCUUCCAUUUUCUAGUUGGCCUUAUCCAGUUUUUUGUUGGGAUUCUUUUUAGAAGACGUAAAGAAUUUUCUUUGUCUAUUUCUUAGGGCAAGAUAUUUGGAGUCACUGUUGAUUGUUACUUUUCUUUAAUUUUAAUGAU